GUCCCGGGCGCUGUGCGUGCGGCGGGGCCCCGCGGACGGCGAGCCCGGUGGAGAGCCCGUGGUGGUGGAGCGGCAGGAGCGCGGGCAGGAGCCCUGCGAGCUGCGGCUGGAGUGCCGGCCCGGCGCCGCGAUGGUGUCCGUGGGGAUCCUGAGCCAGGCCCGCAACAUGGAGGUGUACGUGGGAGAGGAGUACUGCGGCACCGGGCGGGGACAGAGCCGCGGACACCGCCCGGACACGGGUGAAACCGAAGAGGUUACUUUAUACCACAAGUACCAUAAGUUUGAAUGCCCUUCACCCUCCUGUAGAAUUAAGCUGCUCUCCUUUGGUGAGACACAGAGAGUACUCAUCAGUAAAAUAAUUGUAGAAGUGAAAGCAGUGUCUGCAAAACUAGCAACUGAUUUUCCCUCACUAGGCUCGAGCAUAGAUCUAGACAGAGUGCAAACUAUAAUGGAAUCCAUGGGAUCCAAGUUGUCUCCAGGUGCUCAGCAGCUCAUGGACAUGGUCCGAUGUCAGCAGAAGAACAGUUUACCUCUUGGAGACAAACUUAGUUGGCUGUUGGGGAAGAAUUCCGACUUUGGAGGUGACCGUGCAAUAGAUGGAUUGCGCAGCGCAGCUGUCCAGUCAUCCCCGAGUCACUCAGCCAGUGAACCUCUGCCCCUUAAAAAUCAUUUAACAAGUGAAACAGUCUAUAAAGACCUAAAAAUAAGUCGUGAUCUGAACACAGAGGUACCCGAGAGAGGGAACGCUUUUGACUCUGAAAUCAGACUUGCUGCCCAGCAAAAUGCAGUUGACCUCAGAAACGAUUUGAAAGUCGUGGGAUCUUUGCAUGUGCAGGAACAAGCGGGUGAAAGCCCAAAUGUAGCCAACCCACAGGUGCUUCUUCCCUUUCUUCAAAACUUAUGCAGUCAGGUGAGUCACCUCCGGCUAAAGGAUGGAGAGAGGCAGCUCAGGAAAAACUCAGUGGCUAAAGAGGAAGGCGUUCAGUGUGUUGGAGUGGAACAACAGCCUAUUUGCUCCUAUUUGGAGAAGAUCAUCUCCAAAAAUAUGGAUCUGAUGGAGAAAAAGCUAAUGGACUAUAUUGAUCAGCAAAUCCAGGCUCUUCAGGCACACAUAGACAAUAAAAUGGUUCUCUUGAUGGACUUGGUUCAGAACUCGAAGCCAAACAAAAUUUCACAAGCACACUAUGAUUCUAACGAAGGGUUUUCCAAUGGAGAGAGAUGAACAGAGAUGUAGGAUUUCAGUGUAAAUAUUUUAAGGGCAAUUACAUUUACAAAGCUUAGUAUUUAUGAAUUUACAGCUGUAAGGAAACCUCAGUGUUGUUAACUUGCAUUUUGUUACUGUAAUUCUACCCACUGUUGCACACAGUUGUUAGUUUUAUGAAAGAUCUUAGGAAUGUGUGUUUUUUUCCUAAAUAUGAGAGUUUUGUAUGCCCUUUGUGGCUUAUUUAUUUCAAGAACACGUGCUGAAAGCCAUAUGAACAGUCCCCCAGUUUCAGUUUGACCUCUGAAUAAACUGAGUUACUGCAUAUCUUUUUUACCUGCA